AUGCUCCUCGCCAUCCUCGGACCGCCUCCAGUGCGACUCGCGGCUCGGAGCACCACCCGGCAGCCCGAGGUGCUUACGAUGGCCUCCAGCGACUCGGCGGCUCGCCGUGCCGAGCGGCGCGCCCGGCGGAAGGCAAAGCGGGCGGGCGGUCAGGUCCCAGUCGCAGCACCGCUUCCGGUCGCGCCGCCGGUGGUGGCGCCGGUGGAAUCCUUCUCGCCCGAGGCCGCGCUCGUCGAGGACGCGACCGCCGUCCCCUUGCCCUCGUUUGACGACUUCCGGCGACGGGAUGCCGAGGCGGCGGCGGCGGUGGCGAGAUCAGAUCUGCCGGCAGCCUCGACGCGGGAUGGCUUCGGCUGGGGGGCGGAUGGGCCAUUGAACGGCGGUGGCGGUGGCGCGCCCGCCGUGCCGAGCGCCGCGGAGAAGGCGCAAACCGCGACUGUGUCGACCACGCUUUCGCCCGUGAUGGAGCUGCUGUCAUUCGACUCGAUCGACGAGCGGCCGGCCGGCGAGGAGCCGUACGACGCGACCGCGCGGCUCAUCGGGCGGGGGCUGCCCAACAAGGCCGGGGCGUACGUGCUCCCCUACCUGCAGACGGGCCACAUGCUGCUGCUCGGCGUGCUCCUCCUCUCGUCGUCCGUCUCCUACCCGGGGUUCCCACUGACUGAAGUUCCGGACGAGUACCGGGACCUGCUCCACCAAGGCCUCCUCAUCACCUUUGCCAUCAACGCCCUCGCCGCCGCCUCCGCGCGCGGCAUCGCCGCCCGCAAGCAGCAGCCCGUGCUCUUCUGGAUGGCAAAGGUGCUCCUCUUCGGGGGCCUCGCGCUCGGCGAGCUCGCUCAGGCGGUGCCGGAGGCGCCGCCCCCACCAAAGCGGGCGGGGCGGCUGUAG